UGACCGUUAAAACACUACCCCGGUCCCCAACAAAACCCUUCUUCAAUCUUCCCCUUUCAUUUCUCAAAUCCUUAACUUCAGACAACAUCUCUGUGUCUUCAUUUCUCUCAAAAAUGGCUCCCAAAAAACAACCUCUUCAACCAACCACCGCCAUGAACAUUCAACCUCUUCUUUCCGAUAAUCCCCCAUUAAAAACCAACGGAAAAACAGUCGAAGAAAUGUACCAGAAAAAAACCCAGCUAGAACACAUCCUUCUUCGACCCGAUACUUAUAUCGGAUCCAUUGAAAAACAUGAACAAUCUCUCUGGAUUUAUACUCCUUCGGGCGAAAUGAGUUACCAAAAUGUCAGCUAUGUUCCUGGUCUUUACAAAAUUUUUGAUGAAAUCCUUGUUAAUGCUGCUGAUAACAAGCAGAGAGAUCCAAAGAUGGAUAGAGUUGAAGUGGUGAUUGAUCAGGAAAAGAAUCUGAUUAGUGUUUAUAAUACUGGAGAUGGUAUACCUGUUGAAAUGCAUAAAGAAGAAGGCGUUUAUGUGCCGGAAUUGAUAUUUGGACAUUUGUUAACCAGCAGUAAUUAUAAUGAUAAUGAGAAGAAAACUACGGGUGGUCGAAAUGGUUAUGGUGCUAAGCUUACCAAUAUUUUCUCUACAGAGUUUGUAAUUGAGACUGCGGACGGGAAACGCCAAUUGAAAUAUAAACAGGUCUUCCAAAACAAUAUGUCGUACAAGGGGGAUCCUGUUACUCAAAAGUGCAAAUCCAGUGAGAAUUGGACCAAAGUGACAUUUAAGCCAGAUUUGGCAAAGUUCCAAAUGACACAUCUUGAAGAUGAUGUAGUUGCCUUGAUGAAGAAAAGAGUGGUUGAUCUGGCAGGAUGCUUGGCUGCGUGUCCUGGGAAGAAAGUUAAAGUGCUUUUGAACGGCCAAGAGAUUGAAGUGAAGUCAUUUCAUGAAUAUGCUCAGCUGUACUUGAAUUCUGCAAAUAAGAAUAAAGAUUUUCCUUUACCGAGGAUUGAUAAUAACAAUAAAGAGGAUUUGAAUCCGAGGUGGCAGAUCUCGAUCAGUGUCAGUGAUGGGCAGUUCCAACAGGUUAGCUUUGUGAACAACAUAAACACAAUCAAAGGUGGAACUCAUGUGGACUACAUAACAGCCCAGAUUACUAAGUGUGUGAUUGAAGCUGCUAAGAAGAAAAAUAAAAAAGUGAACCUUAAGCCACAUGUCGUGAAGAACUAUUUAUGGAUCUUUGUCAAUGCUCUAAUUGACAAUCCAGCAUUUGAUUCUCAAACUAAGGAAACCUUAACUACUCGGGUAAACAGUUUUGGGACGACAUGUGAUCUGUCGGAAAAGUUAUUGAGGAAAGUGGUUAAUGAAUCCGGUGUAGUGGAAAGCCUGCUCUCAUGGGCAGAUUUUAAGGAGCAAAAAGAUAUGAAAAAAACUGAUGGAUCAAAGACUAAAAGGUUACAUGAUGUGCCAAAGCUAGAAGAUGCCAAUGAAGCUGGAGGCAGCAGGUCUCAUGAAUGCACUUUGAUUCUCACUGAAGGAGAUUCAGCAAAAGCACUAGCAAUGGCCGGUCUUUCUGUGGUAGGCCGAAGCUACUAUGGGGUGUUUCCUCUGCGAGGAAAAUUGCUGAACGUAAGGGAAGCAAGUGCUAAACAAAUCACAGAAAAUGCAGAGAUAAAUUAUCUCAAAAAGAUUCUGGGGCUCAAACAGGGAGAAAAGUAUGACAAGGAAAACAGCGUAAAGAUGCUGCGGUACGGUCAUCUGAUGAUUAUGGCUGAUCAGGAUCAUGAUGGGUCUCACAUAAAGGGGCUGGUAAUCAACUUCAUUCAUACAUUCUGGCCUUCCUUGCUGAAAAACCCCUCCUUUAUGCUUGAAUUUAUAACACCUAUUGUGAAGGCAAGUCGUGGCGAAGGGACAAAGAAGGAGGUACUAUCUUUUUACACCAUGCCUGAGUAUGAAGAAUGGGCUAAACAAGAGGGAAGUAAUUUGAAAAAAAAGUGGCAAGUCAAGUACUAUAAGGGGCUGGGAACUAGUGAUUCAAAUGAAGGAAAGGAGUACUUCUCAAAUCUUGCAAAGCAUCGAAAGAUAUUCACUUGGAAGGAUGACAAUGAUGGUUGUGCUAUAGAGCUUGCAUUUAGUAAGAAAAAGAUUGAAGCCAGGAAGGAUUGGCUUCGUGAAGAUGAGGUUGGGAAUUUUCUUGAUCAUAAAGAAGAAAUAAUAAGAUACAGUGAUUUUGUACACAAGGAGUUGAAAUUAUUUUCUAGGGCAGACCUUCAAAGAUCAAUUCCAUGCAUGGUUGAUGGGCUAAAGCCCACCCAGAGAAAAGUUCUUUUUGCUGCUUUUAAGAGAAACUUGGUAAAAGAGAUCAAAGUUGCUCAGUUCAGUGGUUACGUCUCUGAGAAAUCUGCUUACCAUCAUGGUGAAGCCAGCAUACAGAGUACAAUUAUUGGCAUGGCACAAAAUUUUCUGGGUGCAAAUAACAUCAAUUUUCUAAAGCCAAAAGGACAGUUUGGCACACGCAAUCUGGGAGGAAAGGAUGCUGCCAGUGCCAGAUACAUACACACAAUGCUCAAUAAAAUCACACGAUUUCUUUUUCCUAAGGAAGAUGACGUGCUGCUUAAUUACUUGAAGGAAGAUGGCUUAACAAUUGAACCUUUUUGGUACAUGCCCAUUAUUCCCACCGUCCUUGUCAAUGGAUCCGAAGGAAUUGGAACUGGUUGGAGUACAUUCAUUCCAAAUUACAAUCCAAGAGACAUUAUUGCAAAUAUCAGGCGAUUGUUGAAUGGUGAGGCUAUGGUGCCCAUGGAUCCGUGGUACCAUAAAUUCAAUGGAACCAUACAGAGAACUGCUAGGAAAGACACUGGAAUCACUUAUACCGUUAGUGGAACUAUUGAGAUAGUGAAUGAAGAGAGCGCAAUUGAAGCUAGUGAAGGUGAAGAUGUAAUUCUUAGAAUCACUGAACUGCCAGUUCGGAAAUGGACUCAAGAUUAUAAGGAAUUUUUAAGCUCGCUUGCCACCAAUGCGAAUGAUAAGAGCAAGGAACCUUUCAUUAAGGAUUAUUUUGAUCAUAGUACUGAUGAUACUGCUUGUUUUGAGGUUAUAUUGAGCAAGAAGAACUAUAACCUAGCCAAGCAAGAGGGUUUGAUGAAAAAGUUCAAGCUCACAAAUAAUCUCAGCACUAGUAACAUGCACCUGUUUGACAAGGAUAAUAAAAUUGUCAAAUAUGAAUCCCCUGAACAGAUUCUGGAGUCAUUUUUUCAACUGAGGUUAGGAUAUUAUACUAAAAGAAAGGAAGCAUACUUAAAGAUAUAUGAUGCUGAAAAGGUGAAAUUGGAUAACCAAGUCAGGUUCAUCCUUGCAGUAGUUGAAGAUGAAAUCGUGGUGAAGAAAAAAAAUAAGGGUGACUUGGUUAAUGAGUUGAGGGAAAAAGGAUUUGUUCCUAUUCCAAAGAACAAAGUUUUUGAGCACCGUGAAGACAGUGAUGAGACAGAAUCCCCGGAGGAACAUGAGGAUGGAAGUGGGAAUUUUGUGCGAGACCUUAAAAGUGACUUUGAUUAUCUUCUACAAUUGACAAUUGAUUGCUUGACAAAUGAAAAAGUGGAUGAACUUAUUGCCGAUAGGGAUAAAGUCGUUGAAAAAAUUGAGUUGUUGAAAAGGGAGACUGAAAUGUCUUUGUGGGCAAAAGAUCUUGAUGCUCUUGAGAAGGCUCUUGAGGAGAAAGAGAAGACAGAAGAGGAAGAGGCCAAAGAGGCACUUAAGAAGGUGAAAGCUUCCGCCCAAAAAGGGAGAAAUCCACGCAAGGUUGUGAGGAAUGUGACCAAAGCCAAAUCAGUAAGAGAAACAGUCAGUUCGUCAAAUACGACAGUCAUCAGGGACACCGGAUUUUGUUCAGAACAAGUAAAAGGAAAUGGCAGGGCGGGUCCAAAGAAGGCUCCUGUUAAGAAGCAGGUAAAGCCCGCUGUUGUGAAAGAGGUGGAAGAGGAGGAAAUACCUUCUCUACAACAACGGCUUGCUGCCUACCACCUAGAUUCCUCUCCUGAAAAAUCUGAUGGUAUGGAAACUGAUGCACCUGCAGCAAAGGUAGUACGAAAAAGGCCAGAAGCCAAGAAGCCAAUUGCUGUAAUUGAGGAUAUAUCAGAUGAUGAUGACAGCUUUGAGCCCGAAAUUUCAAAACCAGCAAAGAAAGGACGGGGUAGACCUGCAAAACACAAGGUGAUACCGAAGGCAGCAACGACUUCAGAUACGACAGACAUAUCACCUGAGAAGAAGGUGAGACGGAUGAGGGAGUCUCCCUUCAAUAAGAAAAGUGGGUCAGUGAUGAACACAGGAGAACUCGACACUUCUUCUGGAAAAAGCAGCAUAGGGAGUGUUGGUAUCUCUGCUUUAUCUUUGGAUAGUAUCGAUGAAGAAGUAGUGCCGGCAAGGGCUCGACCACAACGAGCUAACAGGAGGCAGGCAGCAUAUGUUCUGAGUGAUUCUGACAGUGAUGAUGUUCAACAGCUAUCAUCUGAUAAUUUUUCUGAGGCUGAUGACGAUGGUGAUGACGAUUCAGAUUUUGAAUAGAUUUCCGGAGAGUGGAGAACAAGUGAAAGACGAAUGGAAGUGAUUUUUCCAAUGUCGAAGAAGAUUCUAGAGAAUAUAUGCGUGUGUUCAAAAGAAUAAUUUGGACUUUUACCAAUGUUGGAGACAGUUGGGAGUCAGACUUUGGGUGUUAGACCUGGAGCCAUGGUUCACAAAUGCGGUAAUGGUCAUUGUUGCGGAAAAAGAAUUGUGAGGUUGUAGGGUCAACUCGGAAAAUAGAGAAAUCCAGGACGAAAUAUUAUUUAUAGGCUCUAGUUACUAAAUAUACUAUUAUAGAUUAUUAAUUAUUAAAUAUUAAAGUGUUAUUUUUCUAAUUUUUUAGAUGCGUCU